AUGAAAUUGAUGAAAAUGAUUUUUGUUUCAUUUUUAUUUUUUUUGUGCUUUACUUGCUUGGCUAUUGAGUUAAAUAAAGAUGAUGACUUUAAUAAUGAUGCAGAUGAUGAUGAAGAUGAAGCAAGAAGAUCAGAGCUGGUGGCCAAUGGUGGUGAACUUAACAGGCCCAUCAAUGAAGAGUUCUCCUCUCAAUAUAAAAAACAGUUCCAACCAGGGAAGGAAUGGAAAGUUGUCCAAGAUGGCUUCAUGAACACAAAAAGUGACAACUUUACUCUCAAUGAAAUCAGGAGGGCUCUUAAAAAAUUGAAAACAAGCAAAUCACGAACAUCAGUUGGUGAUGAGAGUGAUGGUGCAGAGCAAACCUCACCUCCACUACCUCAUAUGAGCCCGUUCAGAAGUAUUGAAGAGAUCAAAAGAGAUUUCCAUCAACUGAACAUAAAACUGCAGACAGAUGGUGAAAUAUUGAUGACACUAAUUGAAAAGUACAAGAAGUUAAUUGACCUUCAGAUGAAACGUCAUGAUGAAAAUGCUGAUAAAUUUGAUAAGAAAGAGAAGGGGUACUUUGGAGGUGGUGUUCCUGGGUUUCAUAUUGAGGAUGUUAAGCUUCAUCUACUGACUGAUUUGGAGUACUAUCUACAUCAGGUGGACAAUGCAAAUUUGUUUGUUGAUGCUGGUGGGAUGGACUUGCUGAAAUUUGACGUGGAGAAGCAGCAGGCGAAUCUGAAUAUCACCAUGAUGGCAUUGCUAACCCUUUCGUCUGCAACUCAGAGUAACCCUCAUGCACAAGUUGAAGCGGUCAAGUCAGGUUUGUUUAAAGUAUUGGUUGAUCUACUAAAUUCAACGACAUCAUCAUUGCUGUCAUCGUCUACAUCAUCAUUUUCAUCUUUGAAUAUGAUGAAAAGAAUCAUAUCAUCGUUAUCCUGCAUCAUGAGGAACUUUCCGCACUCGCAACUAAAAUUUCAUCAGCUAGGCGGUCAAAAUGUUUUAAUUAAGGUCGUUGAAGGCUUCCUGCAAGUCUUACAAUCUCACAAUCAUCUGCUUGGGAAUGAGAAGAGCGAAAACGACACCACCGUCCAGGAUGAUGUCGUCCUUUUUAAAAAACACAAGCAGAUUGUUAUACAAAUUAUUUCUUUGAUGAAUGAUUUGAUGGAAGAGAAGAUCCUGGCUUCCACUGAUGACCAUACUGACAAGAGAGUUAAAGAAAUGAAAUUGAAGCAGUAUGAAAAAUUGCAUCAUGAAGCUUGGUUAUCUGAGUCGGGGUGGUGUGGAGUGGUGAGCACCUUGGCGAGGAACGACCACGCAGUCGUCAGCUUCGAUGAAAUUGACGUGGUGACCAGGAAUAUGAAACAGAUGAAUGCGAAAUGCGCACAGUACUACCGACAUCUCGUCAAAUAUAUAGACAGAUGGAUUAAAAUUGUAAGUUCUUCAAGAGAUGGUGAUGAAGACGAUUAUAUUGACAAUUUGUUAAAAAAUUUACACUUUAUAAAGAAAUUUUAUAGUGACGAAUUAUAACACGGUUGUUUUAAUAUAUGUGUAUCUGGCUCGUUCGUUCGUUCGUUCGAACAAUCAUUCAAUUAAUCGGUCAAUCAAUCUAUCGAUCAAAUGCUAAUGUA